CACCCCAGCCAACCAGACAUGGGACUAACGAGUGAAGACAUGGAGUGCUGCGUCUGCCUCCAGUCCUACUCACGCAGGGACAAGACCCCUCGAAUGCUUCACUGCAAGCACACCUUCUGUGGGCAGUGUCUCCAGGCGUUAUCCAGGCUCCAGAGUGGCCUGCUGAUGGUGUGCUGCCCACUGUGUCGCUGGAUCACAUGUACCAGGGCCAGUCUCCCCAUCGCUGGAUCCCUGUGGGUAAACACAGACAUCUGGGACAGGAUAACAGAAAGACAAGAGGAGGAGGAGCAGAAGGAGAAGGAGGAGAACUUGUGGAUGACAGAAAACAAACAGACACAGACCUCUACCCAGUGUGUAUGUCCGUCAUCGAGGAAUCGUAGCCUGUGGUCCAAGCUCAGGACUUUCCUGAGGAAACUGAGGUUCCAGAAUUCAAGAACACGUCAUUAAUCUGUUGUGG